UUUGAAAAUGGCGGACAACGAGCACUUCAGGGAGCAGGAGGAAAGUAGGAGAAAUUUUGAGGAGGAUAAAAAUAGAGAUAUGGAAUUGGAAGAAGACUCCGGUUUUCGCUUUAAAAGGAGAGUCAAAAAGAAAACACCGAAUUCAGAAGAACAGACUGAGCACGGUGAAAAUGUUGAAAAAUGUGCUACAAGUAAAAUAUCAACGAAGAGGAGACGAUCUAGUUUCAUACCUGGAAGGAAAGUUGUCUCACCAUUGGAAUAUUGUCAUUCAACAAGCAUUACAGAUUUUCAAGGUUUAUACAAGGAAAUUCCAUCCAACCUUAAAGAGGAAGAAAGGCUUCUUCAGUUGUUUGAUAAGAGCCUAGAUCUUAUGUGCAUCAACAUCAAAAGCAAAGGUGCUUCCAAUAUUUCAGAUUUCGAAGAGAGAGUUGAGGAGUAUGUGAAGAAUCUACGGGCAAAAUUGAGCGAGAAGAUAAAUUUGGCCAAAAUUGCAGCAGAGUUAAAUAACACAAGCAAUGAGAGAGUUACCGCUCCAAAUGCUAAGGCCAUAAGACUCGAAGAGUAUGCAAAGAAAAGCGAGGAAACAAUGAAAAGAAUGACUGUAGAAAGUCAAGCAUGGGAGGAUCUUCUUGAGAGUUAUCGCCAUGAAGAAAAAGAAACUUUGAUUGACGUGAAGAAUUCUUACAACAAGAUAACAAAAGAGUGUUUAUCUAAAGAAAAGCAGGAAUUUCUUAACAGUUUACAUUUGAGAGAUGGCUUUCUUGAUGAUCUACGUAAAGCAAAAGAUGAGGCUAUUCUUCUGACGGAGAAAAUUGUUAAAAACGUAUCGACGGUGAAGCAUUUCAAGGAUGUUUUGACAAACUACCUUGAGAAGUAUUCCAAUGAUUUUAUGGCAUUACCUAGUCAACUAAACGAUGGCGAUACCCCACGUCGCUUAAUACUUGGUGUAACCAAAGAUUCAACCCAACCCACCUAAAUGCUUUGGAAACGAAGGUCUGAGAGGUCUGUCAACAUCUUGGAGCUUUGGUUGGAGCCAUUUGUGUAGUUCUUGAAGAAACUUAUUUAUUCUCGGGCGACCUGGAAAACACUGAAGGACAGCCAUUGGUUGAUAUGUUAAAGCAUAGGAGAAAAUCCACAAAGGUAGAAUGAUUAAAUUACUUGAAUGAGCAAAUUUACAAAGCGCUCGAGGUGUUCUUUAUGAAGGCUCUUCUUAAUGACAAUUUCUCUUGUAAAUAUGAAUGUUAAAGCACUCUCAAGGUCUUGCAUGUUUACAUCAAGCCUACAGAAAAUGUUUAAAAAUUCAUGGUCAAAUUGUAUAAGUUCAUACAUUGAA